GGGAAAUGGGGAGCCAGGAAGUGGGGAGGGGGAGCCCUGGGGGGAAUGGAGGCGGAAUGGCUGUUCCGGGCUUUGGAGGGUGUGGGUAGUGGUAACUCAGGAACGGGGGAGCCCGAGGGAGAGAGGGAGUGUUAGAGAAGAGGAGGUGCCACCCUGGAUCCUCCUUCUAUAAAAGGAAAAGUCGUUAACCCCUCCUGCCUUAUCCUCUGCCUGCUCCACAUGCCCAUUCCAAGCCGACUCAUCCUACCUUUGGGCAGUAAAUUCCCUGAUGGCUGUCUCCUUGCCUGCCCCAUCUCCCGCCUGGCCGACCGGCCUCUCUCCCACUGUUUGUUCCCAUCCUGAGCCAAAGGCCGGCCACCUCCUUUGUUCUGCCCUCUCGGUGCUUCCUUACCUGUUGCCCACUGCCUUCCCCUGGGCAGUUCUCUCAGUUGCCUCAGCUCUGGAAAGCAGCCUCUGGGGGCAGAGGGCAGCUCAUGAGGGAGCCCUGAGAAAAGGGAGGCCAUGCCAGAUGAGAGAGUGGGAGCGAGAAUUCUCCCGGGACCGUGGCCUUUCUGUGCGUGUUGACCAGGCCCUUUCCCUGACUUCCUACCCCUCCUGGGGCUCUGUCCCACCAAAAAGGGAAAGAGACAGCUGAGAGCCGACUGUGGGGUUUGGGGAAAGGCUAUGUCAUCAGCUGGCCCGGUGCCUAUGAUCCAUCCGGCUGCUAGAGAUUCCCCUCCCCUGGGCAAGUCCCAUUUUUUUUUUUUUAAAGGAAAACAAAAACUAGGAUUUUUGGGAAGCAAUGAGACACCCAUCUGAGUUCCACCAACCAAGCUCCUGUCUGAAUGGCUUAUAGCUCAGCCAAUCGCCGAAGCUCGGGAUGCUUAAAAGAGCUGGCGCGCGGAGAGAGGCUGGGAAGAACCCACAGGGAGACCCACAGACACAUAGACCCGGGAGAGAGAGAGAGGAGGAGAGACAGAGACAAAGGCACAGCGGAAGGAGCCAGAGACAGGGCAGGCACAGAGGCAAAGCCAGACAGUCUGAGGGAGCCCAGAAGGAGAGGCCAGAGGAGCUAAAGAAGACACGGGCAGGGAGAGACAAAGACAUAGCUAGGAGAGGAGGGGGUGUGAGAGGAGAGUUUGGGGGAAGCCAGGCCACUAGGCGCCUCUCCUAAGCCUAAGGGCCAAGUUUUCCCCGGCUCCUCUGACCGGCCCCGGCCCCUCUGAAAACUCUGCCUCUGACCUUGGCACAAGUCCGAGCCCCCAGGCUGCAGAGAGGAGCUUUUCAAAGCCAGGGCGGGGAGGACUUGGUGCCCAGACGGCCUCAAUCCCUCCCGGCCGCGGCACCAGUGCCAUGAACGGGACGGACCGGCAGCCCAGGAGGGGCUUGGCGGGGUGCUGGCCGUGGGGAGCCCGACCCCGCCUGCCGCUCCCCCCUGCGCCCGUCUCCCUGCCGCCGCUGCUACUGCUGGCCUCCCUCCUGCCCUCGGCCCGGCCGGCCAGCCCCCUCCCCCGGGAGGAGGAGAUCGUGUUUCCAGAGAAGCUUAACGGCAGCAUCCUGCCGGGUCUGGGCGCCCCUGCCAGGCUUCUGUACCGCCUGCCGGCCUUUGGGGAGACGCUGCUGCUUGAGCUGGAGCAGGACCCCGGCGUGCGGGUCGAGGGGCUGACGGUGCAGUACCUGGGCCAAGCACCUGAGCUGCUGGGAGGGGCAGAGCCGGGCACCUACCUCACCGGCACCGUCAACGGAGACCCAGAGUCGGUGGCAUCUCUGCACUGGGACGGGGCAGCCCUGCUAGGGGUGCUGCAGUAUCGGGGGACCGAGCUCCACAUCCAGCCCCUGGAGGGAGGCACCCCUAACUCUGCCGGGGGCCCCGGGGCUCACAUCCUACGCCGGAAGAGUCCUGCCAGCGGCCAGGGCCCCAUGUGCAACGUCAAGGCUCCCCCCGGGGACCCCAGCCCCAGCCCCCGAAGAGCCAAGCGCUUCGCUUCACUGAGUAGAUUUGUGGAGACUCUGGUGGUGGCCGACGACAAAAUGGCAGCAUUUCACGGCGCGGGGCUAAAGCGCUACCUGCUGACGGUGAUGGCGGCAACGGCCAAGGCCUUCAAGCACCCAAGCAUCCGCAACCCCGUCAGCUUGGUGGUGACUCGCCUCGUGAUUCUGGGGCCAGGCGAGGAAGGGCCCCAAGUGGGACCCAGCGCCGCCCAGACCCUGCGCAGCUUCUGCGCCUGGCAGCGAGGACUCAACACCCCCGAGGACUCGGACCCGGCCCACUUUGACACAGCCAUUCUGUUCACCCGGCAGGACCUGUGUGGGGUCUCCACCUGCGACACUCUGGGCAUGGCCGACGUGGGCACCGUGUGUGACCCGGCUCGGAGCUGUGCUAUUGUGGAGGACGAUGGGCUCCAGUCAGCCUUCACCGCUGCUCACGAACUGGGCCAUGUCUUCAACAUGCUCCAUGACAACUCAAAGUCAUGUGUUGGUCUGAAUGGGCCUGGAAGCACCUCCCGCCAUGUCAUGGCUCCUGUGAUGGCUCACGUGGACCCCGAGGAGCCCUGGUCCCCCUGCAGUGCCCGCUUCAUCACUGACUUCCUGGACAAUGGCUAUGGGCACUGUCUCUUAGACAAGCCAGAGGCGCCCCUGCGUCUGCCUGUGACUUUCCCCGGCAAGGACUAUGACGCUGAUCGCCAGUGCCAGCUGACCUUCGGGCCUGACUCACGCCAUUGUCCGCAGCUGCCUCCGCCCUGUGCUGCCCUCUGGUGCUCCGGCCAUCUCAACGGCCAUGCCAUGUGCCAGACCAAGCAUUCGCCCUGGGCCGAUGGCACCCCCUGCGGCCCGGCGCAGGCCUGCAUGGGUGGCCGCUGCCUCCACGUGGACCAGCUUCAGGAUUUCAACGUCCCACAGGCUGGCGGCUGGGGUCCCUGGGGAUCAUGGGGCGGCUGCUCUCGGAGCUGCGGGGGCGGCGUCCAGUUCUCUUCCCGGGACUGCACGCGGCCGGUCCCCCGCAACGGCGGCAAGUACUGUGAGGGCCGCCGCACCCGCUUCCGUUCCUGCAACACCCAGGACUGCCCAACGGGGUCAGCACUGACCUUCCGCGAAGAGCAGUGCGCCGCCUACAACCACCGCACCGACCUCUUCAAGAGCUUUCCGGGGCCCAUGGACUGGGUCCCGCGCUACACAGGGGUGGCCCCCCGGGACCAGUGCAAACUCACCUGCCAGGCCCGGGCCCUGGGCUACUACUACGUGCUGGAGCCACGGGUGGUAGACGGUACGCCCUGUUCCCCGGACAGCUCCUCGGUCUGUGUGCAGGGCCGCUGCAUCCACGCCGGCUGUGACCGUGUCAUCGGCUCCAAAAAGAAGUUUGACAAGUGCAUGGUGUGCGGGGGGGAUGGUUCCAGCUGCCGAAAGCAGUCCGGCUCCUUCAGAAAAUUCAGGUACGGGUACAACAACGUGGUCACGAUCCCCGCGGGGGCCACUCAUAUCCUUGUCCGGCAGCAGGGGGCCCCCGGUGUCCGCAGCCUCUACCUGGCCCUGAAGCUCCAGGAUGGCUCCUAUGCCCUCAACGGUGAAUACACUCUGAUGCCCUCUGCCACGGAUGUGGUGCUGCCCGGGGCGGUCAGUCUACGCUACAGCGGGGCCACCGCGGCCUCGGAGACACUGUCAGGCCACGGGCCGCUGGCCCAGCCCUUAACGCUGCAGGUCCUGGUGGCUAGCAACCCCCAGAACGCUCGCCUCCGGUACAGCUUCUUCGUGCCCCAGCCGGCCCCUUCGACGCCGCGUCCCACCCCCCAGGACUGGCUGCACCGCAAGGCACAGAUCCUGGAGAUCCUCCGGCGGCGCCCCUGGGCGGGCAGGAAAUAACCUCAUCGUCCCCGCUGCCCUCCGUGGGCACCGGGGCCUCGGACUGAGUUGGGAGAGAGAGGGGGGGGGCUUCCGCGGCUGCCUCACGCUGCCACGGCAGGGAGGGGCUGAGACUGUGAGGCCUGCCCUCCUCCCCUGCCCUGAUGCGCAGGCUGGCCCUGCCCUGGUUUCCUGCCCUGGACGGCAGUGACGGGUGGUGGAUGGAAGGGGCUGGGGACAGUCCCCCAUCUAAACUGCCCCCUCCACCCUGCUGGUCACAGGAGGGAGGGGGAAGCCGGGGGAGGCAGUUGUAUUUAUUUAGUAUUUAUUCACUUUUAUUUAGCACCAGGGAAGGGGACGAGGGCUAGGGUCCUGGGGAAACUGACUUCCGCCCCUCAUAACCCUCACCCCGGCUAGGAAAUCCAGGGUGGUGGUGAUAGGCAUAACUGAUCCGUGUGUAUGUGUGUGUGUGUGCGUGUGUGCGUGUGCGUGUGUGUGUGUGUGUGUGUUCACAUAUAAGGUACAUCCUGCCCUGCUUUCUCCUCCCUGAACUUUGUUUUCUGGGAAAGGGAGAGUCAAGGGGAGGAUAGGCCUUCAGGGAGUAAGGGAUUAUCAUAUUUUUUAAAUAUAUAUUGAAUUCUGCUAUUUAUGUGUUCCUUUGGGAGUCAGACACAUGUGGGCUUGCACCCCGGCUCCACACCUCCGAACGUUCGUUUCCUCAGUUGCCAAUAAUAAUACCUCCCUUGGAAGUUGUUGGACUAAGUCAUGUAAAUAAAGGACUAGCAUCGUG